AUGCGGCCAUCAUUCGUGAUGAGGAUGGCCUCGGCCGCCGUCCCCAAGUCUGGCCUUUCGCCUGCCCCCAUGGCUUUGCUUCCACCCAUUCCUCUGUACCGCCGCCUACUCCGCGCCCACCGCAAGUACCUGCCCGGUGAGAUGCGGCUUCUGGGUGAUGAGUACAUCAAGGCUGAGUUUCGUGCGCACCGUACAGUUGAUAACCCGGCGCAUUUGAUUGGUUUCCUUUCAGAGUGGCAAUUGUACGCUCAGAAGAUUGAGGGUGAUAAGUGGCAAGGGGAGAAAAUUGACCCGGUCAAGGUUGCCAAGAUGAGCGAUGAGCAAAUCGGUCAGCUGUACGAGCUCAUGCAGGCGAUUCGUGAGAGGAACAAGCAGAGUCAAGAGGAGUCAUAA